AAAUUAAGAAAUUGAUGAAUCUGUCAAUCCACAGCUUACCCAAAAUUUUGAUUCUUGAUGAACAACCUUGAAAGAUAAAACCCACCUCAGAUCUCUCCAGAAAGAGGCUAUGGACCUCUGCCUGUAAUUCCACUAUUGUUCCUACAACCUCACCCAUGAAAUAAGGUGAGAUUUUCCUGACUCUUGCAUUUACUCAUUCUCUAUUUCUCUCUCUAAUUUAAUUGCUACAGGAGAAUUCAGUUCCUUUGAAUCUGGCUCUUCUCACACGUCUUGCUCUCUAUCUUGUUCUCAUGCUAUGGGCCAAUUAAGGAGUUCUUAUCACUUGGUUCUCUUCUUCUUCUUCUAGCAGCUAUCUCUUGGACCACUGAAGGCUACCCAUCACUUCUUUUUGUUGAUUCUGUUCUCUGUAGUCUUGAUACAAUUUGAAUCCUUGUUUCCUAGUAGUUUGAGGUCUGAAUUUGUCUGUAAAUUCUAUUACUGAGUGAAUCAUGUCUGCUUCUUUUACUAGCCAAUUGGUGUUUGAAAUGAAGGGGCGCACGGGUUUAAAUGCCAAAUAGAAGUCCGUGAUUGGGAAGCAUCGGUGUGCUUUCGUUUUCGUCCAUUCAUACUACUAAAUCUUCUUUUCCUUGCAUUUCUAUCCUCUCCAUUCCAUAGCUUGUUAUUCUUUUUUUCUUCAGUUCCUCAAAAUUUCUUUAAAUUUAGGAAUUGUUUUCUUUGGAUGUCUUCCAAUCUGCAUCUUUCAUACAGCUAAUUUUGGUGUUUAAAGGCUGAUGUCUGUGUCCUCUGUUUAGCAGCAAAUUUUCCUUUCUUUCCAUCAGUUGUUUUCGCACUUCUCUUCUAGAGUGGAUUUUCUUUGUCUCUUCUGGUGCAGCCAUGGAUUGUGGGGGUUUGAUUUGUUUUGUGGGCUUGGUUAUUCUCAUUCUAUCUGAAUCAUGUAUAGCUGGUAUACAAAGCAUUGGCAAGAUUUAUCCUGGGUUUCAAGGGUCUCAGAUGAAUUGGAUUGAUAAGAGUGGGCUCUUUCUUUUAUCUAAUAAUUCAAAUUUUGCUUUGGGCUUCAACCCUACUCCAGAUGUCACAUUAUAUCUAUUAGUUAUCAUCCACACCACAAGUUUAGAUGUCAUAUGGACUGCAAAUAGAGGCUCCCCUGUUGCAAAUUCUGAUCUAUUCUCCUUUGGUGAAGACGGUACUGUGUCUUUAAAGAAGGGGGACCGUCCAGUCUGGGCACCUGAUACUGGUGGUAAAAGAGUUUCUGCUAUAGAAUUGCAAGAUUCAGGAAAUUUGGUUUUGCUUGGGAAUGACAGUCGAGUAAUUUGGCAGAGCUUUAGCCAUCCAACAAACACACUAAUAUCAGAUCAGGAGUUUCGAGAGGGAAUGAAACUGGUUAGUGAUCCUAGCGCCAAUAACUUGACCUAUGUACUUGAGAUCAAAUCCGGUGACAUGAUUCUCUCUGCUGGAUUCCGAACUCCCCAGCCUUAUUGGUCCAUGCAAAAUGACAAUGAUAAGACCAUCAAUAAAGAUGGUGGGGAAGUCACUUUGGCGUCUCUCAGUGCAAAUUCAUGGAGGUUUUAUGACAGCAAUAAAGUUCUGUUGUGGCAAUUCAAGUUUGCAGAUGAGAAAGAUGCCAAUGCUACCUGGAUUGCAGUUGUUGGAAACGAUGGCUUUAUUUCUUUCUACAACCUUGAUGAUAGAGGCAGUGCUUCACAGACAAAAAUACCAAGUGAUCCGUGCAGCGUACCAGAACCUUGUGAUGCAUAUUAUGUUUGUUCUGGUAACAAGGUAUGCCAAUGCCCUUCAGCUCUUAGUACCUUCCCAAAUUGCAAACCGGGUAUUGUCUCUUCCUGUAACAGCUCAACAGGUUCUUCUGCUCUCGUAAGUGCUGGCAAUGGGCUCAACUAUUUUGCACUUGGGUUUGUUCCACCCUCUUCCAAAACUAGUUUGGAAGGCUGCAAAUCCUCUUGCAGUAGUAACUGCUCCUGUCUUGCUUUGUUCUUCCAGAACAGUACAGGGAAUUGCUACCUGUUUGACCAAAUAGGAAGUUUCCAAGACUCUGGCACCAGCUCCAAUUUUGCUACAUACAUUAAAGUCUUGAGUGACUCAAACAAUGGGGGCAGUGGAAGCAGCAAAAUGGGUUUUCCUUAUGUUGUGAUAAUUGUUGCUGCAACAGUGCUUAUCAUUUUUGGUCUACUUUAUGUGGCAUUUCGGUAUUACAGGAACAAGAAAAGAUUGCUAGAAAAUCCCCAAGAGUCUUCAGAAGAUGAUAAUUUCUUGGAGAAUUUAUCUGGGAUGCCGAUCCGUUAUAGUUACAGGGAUCUUCAAACUGCAACUAACAACUUCUCAGUGAAGCUUGGACAUGGAGGAUUCGGUUCAGUUUAUCAAGGGGUUCUUCAGGAUGGAACACGGCUGGCUGUGAAGAAGCUGGAAGGCAUUGGCCAGGGAAAGAAAGAAUUUCGAGCAGAAGUUAGCAUCAUUGGUAGUAUUCAUCAUCACCACUUGGUUAGGCUGAAAGGCUUCUGCGCUGAAGGAUCUCACCGCAUGCUUGCUUACGAGUUCAUGGCAAAUGGGUCUUUGGAUAAAUGGAUCUUCAAGAGAAACAAAGAAGAUUUCCUGUUGGAUUGGGAUACAAGAUUCAAUAUUGCAUUGGGAACAGCAAAAGGACUGGCUUAUCUCCAUGAAGACUGCGAUGUAAAGAUUAUUCAUUGCGACAUAAAACCUGAAAACGUGCUUCUUGAUGAUCAUUUCAAUUCCAAAGUCUCAGAUUUUGGUUUGGCCAAGUUAAUGAAUAGAGAGCAAAGCCAUGUUUUCACGACCCUAAGGGGAACCAGGGGCUACCUUGCGCCAGAAUGGAUCACAAAUUAUGCCAUAUCAGAGAAAAGUGAUGUCUACAGCUAUGGGAUGUUGUUGCUUGAGAUUAUUGGUGGAAGGAAAAACUAUGAUCCAUCAUAUUCUUCCGAGAAAUCCCAUUUUCCAUCCUAUGCUUUUAGGAUGAUGGAAGAAGGGAAAGUGAGAGAAAUCCUUGAUUCAGAGUUGAAUUUAGAUAUGAACGACAAGAGGGUCUCCGCUGCUAUUAAAGUUGCAUUAUGGUGUGUGCAGGAUGAUAUGCAUCUAAGGCCACCAAUGCCUAAAGUUGUUCAAAUGCUUGAAGGUCUCUGCCCUGUUCCUCAGCCACCAAUUUCUUCCCCAUUGGGCUAUCGCCUUUAUUCAGGUUUGUUUAAAUCAAUAAGCGAAGAGGGCACUUCCUCAGGACCUUCAGACUGCAAUAGUGAUGCCUACCUUUCUUCUGUGCAGCUUUCUGGCCCAAGAUAGCAGUUGUUCACAAUUUGGGGGGAUUGUUCUUUAGAUUUAUAGUGUUGAAAUACUCAUGUAUACAUCUCCUAAUAUUAAUUAGACUAAAAAAUUUUUGUAAUACUCUAGCAAUUAGCUUGUCACUUGUUCUUGCUCUGUAAAUGAAGGUUGUUUAUGACAAACAAGUGACGCAAAAUGAACAUAUUUCUGCAUC